GCAUUCAGCAUCAUGGCUGCGGAUGCUGCGGCUGCUCGCCCCGCGAUCCGCAUCCUUCAGCCGCGCUCCCUGCCCUUGCUCCUGAUUUUCGCAGCGUGCUUCCCCAGCGCGGCACUCGGCUUACUUGGCUUUCGCCCGGAGGACACCGGAGGGGGGCUGUCCGUGGAGGACGGGGUGCUGAAAGCGACCGAGGGGACGCGGUUUAUGCUGCGUGUGUACUACUCGGUGUCCCCCCAGAGGCUGAACAGGACCCUUAGCGGUCGAGCCAAUGCGGCCACUGCACCGUGGAUCGCGUUCAUCGAGGAGCCUAGCCCGGGUAGAGAGGGGCAGGUCCAUCCGAAACGGAACCUCUGCGUGGACAAAACCGCUCGGACCUCCGACAUAGAGGUGCUGGGAUCUUUCAAGUCCGCCUCCAGCCAGAAUUCUGUCCUGGUGGAGCUGCUCGCCAAAGAACUGCGCAGAGGUGAGAAAAUAAAAUACUACUCAAUGUGUGCAUUCGACGGCACCAAGUGGGAGCACUUUAGGACUAGAGAUUUCUGGCUGGCCGUCGUGGAGCGCUCCCCGGAAGCCGACCUCUGGCUUCAGGUGCUGAUCUCGGUGCUGCUGCUGGCGCUUUCGGCGCUUUUUAGCGGGCUGAACUUGAGUCUGCUCGCGCUGGACCCCGUGGAGCUCCAAGUGCUGCAAAACAGCGGCACGGAUAAGGAGCAGAAGUACGCGAAGAAGAUCGAAUCGGUGCGAAAGCACGGAAACUACGUGCUCUGUACGCUCCUCUUGGGCAACGCGCUUAUCAACACCUCUUUGGCGGUUUGGAUGUGUCAGAUUUUGGGCAUGACUUGGUUAUCUACCGCCAUAUGCACGUUCGUCAUUUUCUUCAUCGGCGAGAUCCUUCCACACUCCGUGGCCUCCCGACAUGGGCUGGCGAUCGCCUCCAAAACCAUCUGGGUGACUCGUCUGCUAAUGGUCAUUUCGUUCCCCAUCUCCUACCCGAUCAGCAAACUACUAGACAUCAUCCUGCACCAGGAAAUAAGCAACUUUUACACGCGCGAAAAGUUGCUGGAGAUGCUGCGGGUGACCGACCCAUAUCACGACUUGGUGAAGGAGGAGCUGAACAUAAUCCAGGGAGCCCUGGAGCUCAGGACCAAGACGGUGGAGGAUGUGCUGACGCCGCUGAACGACUGCUUUAUGCUGGCGUCCGACGCCGUGCUGGACUUCAACACCAUGUCGGAGGUCAUGCAGAGCGGCUACACGCGCAUCCCCGUGUAUGAGAACGAGCGAUCGUGCAUCGUGGACAUCCUGUUCGUCAAGGACCUGGCCUUCGUGGACCCUGACGACUGCACCCCCCUGAAGACCAUCACACAGUUUUACAAGCAUCCCAUGCACUGCGUCUUUAACGACACCAAGCUGGACGCUAUGCUGGAGGAAUUCAAGAAAGGAAAAUCUCACCUGGCCAUCGUGCAGCGGGUCAACAACGAAGGCGAGGGGGACCCCUUCUAUGAAGUGAUGGGCAUCGUCACCCUGGAGGACGUCAUCGAGGAGAUCAUCAAAUCCGAGAUCCUGGAUGAGACUGACCUGUACACCGACAACCGAACCAAGCGGAGGGUGUCACACCACGAGAGGAAGCAGCAGGACUUCUCCAUAUUCAAGCUGUCGGAGAACGAGAUGAAGGUGAAGAUCUCUCCGCAGCUCCUUCUGGCCACCCACCGCUUCCUGUCCACAGAGGUGGAGCCCUUUAAGGUGGCCUACCUGUCUGAGAAAAUACUCCUGCGUCUGCUGAAGCACCCCAGUGUGGUGCAGGAGCUCAAGUUCGACGAGAAGAACAAGCGGGCGCCGCAGCACUUCCUGUUCCAACGCAACAAGCCCGUGGACUACUUCGUCCUAGUGCUACAGGGUCGCGUGGAGGUGGAGUUCGGCAAGGAGGCCCUGCGCUUCGAGAACGGGGCGUUCGCAUACUACGGCGUGCCCGCCAUCAUGCCGACGCUCUCCACAGUCCACAGGUCCCCCUCCCGCAGCAGUGGACUCAACCGCUCUGACUCCAUGAUCUACGGUGGCAGCAGUGGGCAGCUGAACUGCAGCUCAGGGACCUACCUGCCCGACUACACCGUGCGGCAGCUCACCGACCUGCAGAUCAUCAAGAUCACCCGUAGCCACUACCAAAAUGCCCUGACGGCCACGCGAAUGGACAGCUCGCCACAGACGCCGGACAUGGACGCCCACAUGAACGGGGGCAGCACGCCUGCGCAGACGCCCGCCCCCACCCCCGAGACGCCCGCGCCGGACGGCAGCCCCGGCCAGCUGCCCGUGCCCCGGGAGCUCCGCCCCUGCUCGGGCCGCGCCCGCCAGCACCAGGCCGUCAUCCCGCACAUCACCACGGUGCUCAAUGAGAAGAACCGCAUCGUCCGCAGCAAGUCAGACGGCCAGAAGAGCCCCAGUGACUCAGUGUUCCUGCGGAUGGAUGAGAUCCCUUACAUCCGGGAAGACCGCUCCGAGAGCGAAGAGCAACACGGUGAGAUUUAUGAAGCCGCCGUCGUUCCCGUGGAGACGGACCUCGACGCGUCUCCCUUCAUCAGCACCUUGUCGCUCAGCGCCUCAGAGGAAACACUGGGGAAGAAGCUACUGCUCAAACUGAGCAACAAGAAGCGGAAAAAGUCUCGCGAUGGAGACAAGACUCCAGAGGACAACCCGGAACAACCUCUGGUGAAAUCCUAGCAAUGUGCCUGGCUGGGGGGAGUUUGGGGCGCUAGAUUAAUUAUUUAUGUGUUGGAAUGCUACCUGUGCCGAUUUUCAUUGGCUGGCCAAUCAAAGAACAGCAGGUGUGAAAAACCUCACCCUCAAAAUCCCUCAUGACAGUCACAGCUUGGGAUGCACUUAUUGGCUCAAUCUUGUGGCUGCGUCAUGACCUCCAGCCCCUAGGGGAGCUCUCAGUCAGCAUCCACGGGACAGAGACAUUUACAAAGGAAGUCUAAUCUUGUGAGAAGGCCUUGUCACUGAGCCCAUCUUUCGGUGUUACGGGUGUUACAGCUGGAGAUGUACUGAAAGCUUUUAAGCGUAGUUUCUGAUUUACAGUGAACACAGCCAUCAGCGGAACAGGGAGAAAUCUUAGUAGGAUAUAUAAUGAAAGUUAUUGGUUACCGUGUCAACCUGCAGAACCUCGUCCACACAAUUUCCAAACACACAGUAUUACUAGGUUCACACAAGAUGCAUUAGCACCAUUGCCCUGUCUACUCAUUGUGCAAUGGUGCUCAAUAUUACAUAUGCCUAGAGAGUCAGGAUUGUCUUUAGCCAGCCAGUGUCCACUUUGUGCCCUAUUGGGAACACAUGGGCAAGCCACUCUUUGCAGGAACUGUGCAGCAGGAUCUGCUCUGGAUCGGAGCUACGGUGCACAUUGCAAUUGAUGGUCACUUUGGUCUCAGGAAUCAGCUGAGCCACCAGCCACCUGCACACACCAGGAAUAGAUCAUUUGGUGUGGAGUUCGAAGGAGGAAUCGAUGAGAACUGGAUCGCCGCGGUAACCAAGAAUGACUUGUCGCUAAAACCCCGUCAUUGCCGAGAGGAGAAUUGAACAGGCGCGGACAAAUGUUCUCUACUUCCCGACGGUGACCAGUAAUGCAU